GCAGGCGAGCCGGCGCCCAGGUAUGUUCUUUCACAAGGGCCGGGCGGCGGAGAGAGCAGCAUCGGAGCAGCGGGUGGAGGAGGAGGCAGACAAGAAGAUGCCACUGUCGCUGCCAUCUCAGGGCGACCCCGGGGAGUCCAGCCCCUCCAGAAGCUCCAAGAAGCACACCCCUUUCCAUAUCUGGCGCCCCAAGAAGAAGCAGCAGCCUCCGCCGUCUGACUGUGGGGUGUUCGUUCCGCACCCGCCCCCGGCGGCCCUCUGCGAGGCCAGAGCCUCGGAUGUAGUGGAUGAAGGACAUGGAGAGUGCCAGGAAUUUACACUGCACUGCGGGGAAUCCCAGUUCUUUCACACCACCGAUGAAGUGCCCAGUCCUUUUCCUGGGGAGUCUGGAAUGUGUAAAAAGUCUAGAGCACAACCAGCAGAAGAGAACAAAAGGAAGCCAGUUUUGGGGAAACUUGGCAAUCUGUUCACGGCAGGACGAAGAAGGUGUUCCAGAAACGGGUUAGAGAGUCCCACUAGCUCAAAUGCCAAAUCAUUCUCUCCCAAAGAUGUAACCUCUUCCCAACUCCCUGAAAGAGAGAAUGAGAAGAGGAAAUCUCAGGGCAGCCACUCAAAGCAAACAGAAACGUGCGAGGUGGGCUCCCCUCAGGAGAAGCCCCAGAAGCCCGAGGGCGAGGCCUCCGAGACCUGUGUCCAGGUAGUCCCCCCUGACGCCGAGCUGUCACCUUGCUCUCGAAACCAUGCAGCGGCAGCUGUGCAGCAGUGCCGUGACAGUGAUUCAUCCCAAUUAGAACCUCUAGAGGCAGAGGGAGGGUCCUUCCCAGAUGCCAUCACUGCUGCCAAGCAGCUGCAUUCCUUACUAGAGAAUUCCCCCAGGCAAGAGGACGCAGAGGCUCUCGCCCGCAGUCCGGGGGAGGACGCCUCGCCCUGCACUAGCUGCGAACAGGAGACAUCCCAGGGCGCGGGGGGUGUGCCGGGGUCGCUCAUCCAAGAGCGGCCCUCGGGAGAACUAGGCAAAGCUGCUGACAGAGCCCCCCGCGUGGGUGCUGAAGGAGGCUCUCUGGAGCCCCGAGACGCGCACAGCCAGCCCCCAGAAGACGCAUCUGCUCCGCCAGGUGACCCUCCUGUCGAGGGCGCACAGAACUGGGCCGGCUCCACGCAAGCAAACGGCAAAAGUGGGCCGCGAGGACGGGAGUGCCGGCCUGGCGAGCGCGCCCAGCCUGCCAAAGUGCUAACUUUGGACAUCUACUUGAGCAAGACUGAGGUGGAGCAGGUGGACGAGCCGGUCUUGAUUACUCCCGCCGCAGAAGAUUCCAGCGAUCAAGACGAUAUGGAAAGGAGGUCAAGCGGCCGCAGGUCCGGAAAGCGGAGGAAGUCGCAGAAAUCCACGGACUCUCCCGGAGCUGACACGGCGCUGCCCGACAGCGCGCCGAGGGACCACGAGGUGUUCCACUACGAGGUGGCGCCAAACGCGGCCACCGAGAACUUCGCGGAAAAGAAAGUGAAAUCGCCGCCGGCGGACCCGGACGGGGGCGUUGCCUCCGCUGCGAGCCCGAGCCCGGACUCCAAGGCCAGCCCGAGCCCCAGAGGGCAGCUCCGAGCGGAGCCGGACCGCAGCAAACAGCCGCUGCCGGCCUCGUCUCCCACCAAAAGGAGGGGCAGGAGCCGGGUCCUCGAGGCUGUGCCCACCCCGCCCGCUGGCGGCCCGCGGGCUCCCGCCAAGGAGGCCCAACCCAAGAGGGCGCCCGCGCCAGACUCGGGUCCCGCCGCCAAAGGCCCCGCGGGGGAGAACGGGGAGGAGGGAGCCCGCGUCAUCCCCAGGGAGCUCACGGUCCGGAGCAGCUCGCUGCUGCCGGAGAUCAAACCCGAGCACAAGAGGGGGCCGCUGCCUAACCACUUCGACGGCCGAGGAGGAGAAGGAAGUCGAAGCAAAGAGCUGGGCAGAUCGGCCGGCGGCCCUGACGCCGAGGGCUUGAAGCCCAGGAGCCAUUUCGGUGCGGGCAGGUCGACGGUGACCACUAAAGUGACCCUCCCUGCAAAGCCCAAACAUGUGGAGCUAAAUCUUAAAACCCCCAAGAAUCUUGACAGUUUGGGAAAUGAGCAUAGUCCAUUUGGCCAUCCAGUUCAUAAAGGAAACACUGCCACCAAAAUCUCUUUAUUUGAGAACAAACGGGCAAAUAGUAGCCCAAGACACACUGAGAUUCGAAGCACACGGAAUACCCCUGCCUCUAAUAAAACAUAUAUCGGGAGGGCGAAGCUGAAUUUAGCCAAAAAAGCCAAAGACAUGGAGCAACCUGAAAAGGAAGUAAUGCCAAAUAGUCACCAGAAUGGUGUGGUGGUGCAGGAAACCUCAGCAGAAACCAAAGUUAUUCUCACUGAAGAGGAGAUUCUGCCAGCGACCGGGAGUCCUGGUGUAAGAGAAAUGGAAGGCAAGCCUACCGAGGAUCCAGCUCUUGGUUCUCAGCAUCACCAAGGUGAUAUGGCCGAUGUGCAAACAGAUGCUGGCUGCCCUGAGCCAGUGGUUACUGCUCUGACUCCUGUCGAGGACUACACGCUCGUCGGAGAGGAUGACUCAAAGACUGCUGACAGCCAAAGACUCGUACUUGAAAAUAUGACUGAUUCAGCACAAGACAUCCCCACCAUUCUUCAUACCAAAGAUUCACCUCCAACAACCAUCCCCAAGCUACAGGAUACAUUUUCUGACUCACAGCCCCCAGUCGAGUCAUCUAAUCAGCCUCCUCUUUCACUGCCUGUACCCAUUCCUGCGGGUGUUUCCCAAGAUACAUGUGCUGAAGCUGCCAUAAGCAGUUUUCCGUGCACUGAUCUCAAAGUGUCAGAAAACCAUAAUGGAUGUAUUUUGCCUGUGUCUCAUCAGACUAAUGAGAAAAUGCCCACCUCCAGACUUGCAGCAGGAGGAGAAGGAGGAGCAGCAAGCCCUCCUUUGUCUACAGAGCACAGCCCAGAAGCUGACAGAAUUGAGUGUCCUUCCAAGGUUCUUGUCCAGGUCAGGUCUUUCGUGCUCCCCGUGGAAAGCACCCAGGACGUAAGCUCCCAGCUUCUCUCCGAUAGCUCUGAAGUUAGAGAAGUGCAGUUGCCAAGUUGUCACAAUAAUGAACUUGAAGUGGUUUCCGUUGCAAGUUGUGCUCCCCAGAAACAGGAAGUACCGGUCAAUAACAGCACAUCACUCAAACACAUUCACUGCAAAGAAGAACAUGUAGCAAAAGCUGGCCCACCAGUCAUGCUGCUGGAAUCAGAGGGAACUCUGCCUAUCUAUGCUCAGAGUCAGGGCAACACAACACCCCUGACGGUUGAAUCCAGCCCCACCCACUCCCCUGGUAGCAAAAAUCAUUUAGAAACUCCUUGCAGGCCAGAUCAUAACGUUGUGAAUGGCCAGGACAGCCCUGCCAGUCUUUUGAACAUUUCUGCUGGUAGUGAUGAUAGUGUAUUUGAUUCUUCUUCUGAUAUGGAAAAAUUCACUGAAAUUAUAAAAAAGAUGGACAGCACCGUUUGUGUGCCUCAGAAGAAAAAGAAGGCCAGGGUGCCAAACUCUCCUGCCCCUCACUUCGUCAUGCCUCCGAUUCACGAGGACAAUUUAGAAAAGGUGUUUGAUCCCAACUUGUUUACCAUUGGUUUGGGGAAGAAAAAGGAAAGCCAGCUAGAAAUGUCACCAGCUUUACAUUUGAUGCAGAACUUUGACACCAAAUCCAAACUGAGGCCCAAACGUGUGUCCACUGAACAGAGUAUCCUCUUCAAGUCCUUACACACUCAUACUAAUGGGAAAGAUGAACCUCUGGCGACUCCAGAAAUAAAUGACAAAGAGAACAGGGAUGUCACAAACGGUGGAGUGAAGAGAUCUAGGCUAGAAAAAAGUGCCCUUUUCUCAAGCAUGUUAGCUUCUUUACCACAAGACAAAGUCUUUUCUCCCUCUGUAACGUCAGUCACUACUAUGACCACAGUUUUCAGCUCGUCACAGAACACUUCUCUUUCGCGCUCUUCCGUGUUGCAGCCCGUGGUUGAGGGUGCCCCACCCUGCACUUUAAACAAAGAUCAGCCAAAUCUUCCUCCCAACCACUCUUUAAAGGUCUUCAAUUUCGACUCGUCAAAUACGUCUGCAUCAGGCUUGAGAAGUCCAAGCUACAUGGAAAAGUACCUGCAAAAAGAGGAAACCAAAAAAGAUCUGGAUUCACCAAGCAACCUACACUUGCCAGAAACUAAAUUUUCUGAAUUAUCAAAACUAAAGAACGGUGAUGAUGUGGAAAAGGCUAAUCAUGUUGAAAGUGUUCUUAAAUCGAACUUGCCGAACUAUGGAAACAGUGACACAGAUUUCAUGGGUCUUUUCAAACCCAGCCGGUUUGACCCAAACAUGCCGUUUUCUGGAAUGCCAUUAUCAGAUACAACAAUGCUUAGAGGAAGCAUCCAAAAUAAAAUCAAUCCCCGACCUGGAAAGGUGGUGAUCUACAGUGAGCCGGAUGUCUCUGAGGAGUGUAUUGAAGUCUUCAGUGAUGUUGAGGAUUGCAGCUCGUGGAGCCUGUCCCCUGUGAUACUCAUAAAAGUUGUUAGGGGAUGUUGGAUUUUGUACGAGAAACCAAAUUUUGAAGGGCACUCCAUUCCUUUAGAAGAAGGAGAAUUGGAACUCACUGGUCUCUGGGGUAUAGAAGAUGUUUUGGAAAGAAACGAGGAAGCAGAGUCUGCAGAGGCAGAGUCUGAGGAGGCAGAAUCUGCUAAGCCUGUGGUAAUUGGUUCCAUCAGACUUGUGGUCCAGGAUUACAGAGUUAGUCACAUUGACUUGUUUACUGAACCAGAAGGGUUAGGACUCCUGAAUUCCUACUUUGACGACACUGAAGAAAUGCAGGGGUUUGGUGUAAUGCAGAAGACUUGUUCCAUUCAAGUACAUUGGGGCACAUGGCUGAUUUAUGAAGACCCUGGAUUUCAAGGUGUCCCUUUCAUCCUGGAGCCUGGGGAAUACCCCGACUUAUCCUUCUGGAAUACAGAAGUAGCGUACAUUGGAUCCAUGCGGCCUCUGAAAAUGGGUGGCCGUAAAGUUGAGCUCCCUACAGAUCCAAAGGUAGUGAUUUAUGAAAAGCCUUUCUUUGAAGGAAAAUGUAUGGAACUAGAAACAGAUAUGUAUAGUUUUAUCGUGGAAGGAAGUGAAACAGAAGAAACGACUGGAGAUGAACAUUUGCCAUUGACGUCAGUGGGAUCUAUGAAAGUUCUAAGAGGCGUUUGGGUUGCUUAUGAAAAGUCUGGAUUUACAGGUCAUCAGUAUUUGCUUGAAGAAGGAGAAUACAAGGACUGGAAAGAUUGGGGAGGUUACAAUGGAGAACUUCAGUCUUUACGACCUAUAUUAGGUGAUUUUUCAAAUUCUCACAUGAUAAUGUACAGUGAAAAAAACUUUGGAUCCAAAGGUUCCAGUAUUGAUGUAUUAGGAAUUGUUGCUAAUUUGAAGGAGACCGGAUAUGGAGUGAAGACACAGUCUAUUAAUGUCCUGAGUGGAGUGUGGGUAGCCUAUGAAAAUCCUGACUUCACAGGAGAACAGUACAUACUGGAUAAAGGCCUUUAUACCAGUUUCGAGGACUGGGGAGGGAAAAAUUGUAAGAUCUCUUCUGUUCAACCCAUAUGUUUGGAUUCUUUCACUGGUCCAAGGAGGCGAAAUCAGAUUCACUUGUUUUCGGAACCAGAGUUUCAAGGUUGCACUCAAAGUUUUGAAGAAACAACAAGUCAACUUGAUGAUUCAUUUUCUACCAAGUCUUGCAGGGUUUUAGGAGGCAGCUGGGUUGCGUAUGAUGGAGAAAAUUUCUCUGGUAACCAGUACGUGUUGGAAGAAGGUCACUAUCCUUGUCUCUCUGCAAUGGGAUGUCUGCCUGGAACAAAUGUGAAGUCUCUUCGCUUUAUAGAUGUUGAAUUCUCUGAACCAACAAUUAUUCUUUUUGAAAGAGAAGACUUCAAAGGAAAAAAGAUUGAACUUAAUGCAGAAAUAGUUAACCUCCGAUCCCUAGGAUUCAACACACAGAUUCGCUCUGUUCAGGUCAUUGGUGGCAUAUGGGUUACUUAUGAAUAUGGUAAUUACAGGGGUCGACAGUUCCUACUGUCACCAGCAGAAGUACCUAAUUGGUAUGAAUUCAGUGGCUGUCACCAAAUAGGUUCUCUACGACCUUUUGUUCAGAAACGAAUUUAUUUUAGACUUCGAAACAAAGCAACAGGGUUAUUCAUGUCAACCAAUGGCAACUUAGAGGAUCUGAAGCUUCUUAGAAUACAGGUCAUGGAGGACGUCGGUGCUGACGAUCAGAUUUGGAUUUACCAAGAAGGAUGCAUCAAAUGCAGGAUAGCAGAAGACUGCUGCCUGACGAUUGUGGGGAGCCUCGUAACCUCCGGAUCUAAACUGGGCCUGGCCCUCGACCAGAAUGUGGAGAGUCAGUUCUGGAGCAUGAAGUCGGACGGCAGGAUCUACAGCAAGUUGAAGCCCAAUCUAGUUUUAGAUAUCAAAGGGGGUACACAGUAUGAUCAAAACCACAUCAUCCUCAACACUGUCAGCAAAGAGAAGUUAACUCAACUGUGGGAAGCCAUGGUCCUAUAAGCCUGAAUAAAGAAUGCGGGAGGAAUAUUUCCUUAUUUUUAAUAAGGUCUUCCAGCUACCUUAUUAAAAAAAGACUACUGUGGAAGAGCCAAGAAGAAAAUGGAUGUACUCCUUCAGUAACUCUAAACUCACCCCUGAAUCAUACUGCCGGGGUUGGGACAACUGUCUCAUCUUUUCAAGAGACUAAUAGUUUUAAACCAAUAAUUUGUCCUUCUUUCAUUUCUAGCCUUCAUUUCCUUUCAGCAGCUGCUUGAACAGGUUGUCUCAUAAGCAGUACUGGAGUGUUUUUAAAAAAAGUUUUAUCAAAACUUGAACACUACGUCCAUUUUAAAUUAUUUCCAAAGAUGGUGACAGGGGAGAAUAGGAAUACAUUCACUGACUUUGUGGACCUACAAAUCCCUUACACGUUCAAGGGAAGGAUAAAAGCUUAAGUCUGUAAGGGAGAAACUGUUUAGCAUCUGAGAAGAAAUAAUGUAUGAAGCCUGUAGCUUUGGUCCUUGACCUUCUGUCUUCUGGAGUCAUUAAUUAUGCUGCGUAGCAGAGUGGGGAAAGCCUUAGAUAGACAUAUUUUAAGGAACUGAAUAAGCAUAUACAAAAUAGUAUUUUCUGUUCAUAUUAAAAAUUAGUAAAUGUACAAGAUUUCAUGUCCAUGUCUGCUUAUACUUAUUAGCAGAAUGUGGAUUACUUUAACUCACCCAUGGGCUGCCCUGGAACGCCACCAAUGAGAGUUGUGUAAUGCUUUCCUUAUAGCUGCUACUGGGUCGGUACUACCAAAACCUAAUUUAUUAGCCCAUCCUCACAUAAAACUAGUUCGGAAGACAUGUUAGGCAACCCUUUCUAAACCCAGAUCGUUUAGCCUAAUUUCCUGCCCUCCUGUCCAGCUGCACUGGCAUGAAAACUGCAUGGGGGCAGCCUUACCUGUCAUGUCCCACAGCCACGCCCCGGGGAUAGCCUCGGGUCUCAGGGCGCCUGUGGUCCCUUUCUGGUAGCAGAGAACGAGAGGUGUGGAAGGCUCAAGAGGAUGAUCAGUGAUUCUCUUCGCAAAAACGAAGGAAAGGAAGCCUGAAGCAGUCUUGCUGGUGAAAUCUUAGAACUCUGGAAACUCUACAAUACAGCAAGCAUUGCGAUGAAAAUUGAAAAUGCUUUAAGUGCUGACAAUACACUGGCCAUAUGGUGCGGUUCACACAGUGCAAAGUCGUUUUAGACAAAACUGCUCGACAGUCCUUGACUACACGCUUCCUCUUUUUGUCCUCACUCCGUCGUCCUUAACACUGGAUGCUGGUGCUCUUGUCCCAGGAAGAACAAAUCCUGUUGCCUUCUCAUCUGUUCCCGUGUGUUUCCAAUUCUAAAAUGCUGAUCCUCUCUGGAGUCUGUGGCCAGCGAUUAUGGUGAGGAGAGUAGUAGCUUCAGUUUUAAAAGAAUGUUUGUCCUACAGCAGUCACCACGUCUGUCUUGACGUUAGAUGGAUAGCUGAUUUUCGGCCUUUGAGCAAGUCGUUAAAGUAUGGUGGGGCAAGGCGUUCUAUAGUAGCCUGUGUUGGAUUUAUCUCUUGAAUAAAGUUGUUUCUGGUCAACCGUA